AUGGCCACUCCAUGUAACAUAACUUCCUUUCCUUCAGAUCUUUUGAACGAGAUCCUUCUCAAAACAGCUUCUUCUUCGUACGCAGAUCUUUGUCGAGCAAGAAUUUCUUCCAAAACUCUAAACGACAUUUCUAAUGAAAAGGGUUUUAAUAAAUUCGUGGAUUUAAUCUCUCUGAAAAAACCAUGGGUUUGGGAUCAACAUGGGAGGAUGACUACUUUCUUUGGAUGCUGCUUAGAGUCGGGCAAUCCAACCUCGUUAUUCCUUAGAGGUGUGUAUGUCUUUUUCUACGAAGAAAAUCUACAAGCAGGGCUGGCUAUAAUUAAGGAUGCAUCACACGCUGAAUGCCUUAUGGCUACAUACUGUCACACUAUGCUUUGUCUAACCAUGGAUGGCAGCGAUGAAGUAUUCAACUCCAGUAUUGAUCUUUCUCGAGCUGAUGCAGUGGAGAUGAGAAUGGCUAUGAACCGCAGCAACAGGCGAAGCUCGAUCUUUGGAUGGGUGGGCAAAAUCUGGAAGCUCUUUAUGUCGAGCAGCUUUGCGAUCCCUGCUUUUGGAAAUUAG